AUGUGUAAUCAAUACUCGCAACCGGCUCUAAUUGCUCCAAAAGACUGUAAAAAGUGCACAAGAUCUUCCACUGCUCUCACUGAAACUCAAAAUGAGCUGAAAAUGAGUCAAGAUCAGUUGAAGGAUAUGCAACAGAAGAUAACGAAUACAGAGGAAGAACUGAGUGAUUUGAAGAAACAACACGAGAAAAUUGUGAAGUCGAAAGCAAAGAAGACGGAGGAAUUAGCAAAAAUGGAGGGGGAAUUGAACAAUGAGAAGGAAAAGAAUCAGGAGAAAGAAGAGGAGAUUCUGAAGGCGUCAAAAGAAAAUGAGGAGCUUCAGAAGACAAUUCUCAAGUUGACAGCUGAAAAUGAGGCGAAUGAGAAUGUAAUUCAGAAGUUACUUGAUAGAAUUACCGAUUUAUCGAUUAGUAACCAGAAAACUAAUCAUAUCGACGAGAAAACUACCGAAGAAUCGACUCCAACUGCUUCUGUCACCUCUAAAAAUGCUCCUCUCGUGAUCGAUUGUCUCAUUUGUUCCAGUCAAAUCAAGUCGGGACAAGAAGUCAUCAGAUGUCCGCUGUGCAAACGAAGAUUCCAUUCGGAUUGUGCAUUCAAAUGGCGCAAAGACCACACUCAAUGCCCGGCGUGCAAUGGAGAUCUCCCUGGAAUUUAA